UCUCCCUGCCCUCCGCUGCCCGGCGCCCCACCGGCACCCCCCGGCACACGGGGCUGCGGGGAUGAGGCUCCAGAGGCUGCUGUGCCUCGUCGUCCUCCUGCUGGCCAGCCUCCUGCCCGCCACCGGCCAGAGGCCAGCCAACCUGGCCCUGCGCAGGAAGCUCCACCGGCACGGCUGCUCCCACCGGCGGUGCAUGCCGCUCCACUCCCGGGUGCCCUUCCCCUGAGCCCCCCGGCCGAGCUCGGGCAAGUGUUUUGAAGGUGGAAGCUGCAACAACUAAAUUGAUAGAGAAGUAAGUGGAACUCAACAACAGCUGACCUGAUACAGUCACAACAGUCCUGUUUUGAGGCAGUCCAUCUGAAAUGAACAUUUUCAACAGUCCUGUAUGUCACAUUCUGCAAGACCUGGAACAAAUGCCCAUGACUCACAUCCUAGAAGUGGGGGGAGGGAGAAAUGGUGGUGAUGGGAAGAUGUACAUGAAACUUACCUGGUUGAAACAUUUCAUACAAAUUCUUUGAAUCUCAUAAUGAUCGGUGGAAGUUAAAGACCAAAUCAAACAUCUGAUACCUGAAAUGGAUUUCCCAUGAUGUUAAGAAGGCUCUGUCCAAGGGGGGUUCUUCAUGGUCUGUACUGUUAAGACUGAGAGAAUUUGGACGUGCUGUUGACCAUGUCCAACUCAGGCUGUGUAUGCAAGGCAAUAUUUAGUGCGAUGUCAGACUUAAAGAACUGCAAAAGUCCAUUUUUAGUUAAUAAUUUCAUAUAUUAAUGAUAAAUAUAUAUGUUUUAACACCUAACAUUUCAUCUUUAUGGAUUUAUCAUAAUAGUAAUGUAGUAUGUACUACUGUAAUAGUAUCAAAGUCAGCACCAUGCUUCUGGUCCUACCAGCUUCAUGUAUAGCAAGCAAUACCCCAGUGAAGAGUUGAAGAUAUAGGAAGGUAAAGGGAGUAUUAUCCGUUAUUCUGUAGAUAGAGAAUUGAAGCACACUGAGAUAAGAGAUUAGCCAAGGGUCAUGCAAAACCUACUGCAAAACUGAUAACUCAAAUCUCCCACGUCAGGCCUUAAGGUCAAGCCCAUCCUUCUGUCUAAUGAGCUGUUACUGCAAAGCCUAUCAUUUGUUUUCUUAAACUGGUCCGGCAGACCAGAGAGCUAAAACAGAUUUGAAAAUUCAGUUAAUGCAGAUCUAUUUGCUUCAUAGUAGUUUUCCUAAAAUACCCAUGACAGUAUUAUAAAUAGAGCAUAAAAAUAGACCAUUGAAAAGAAACCUUUGUCUGGUCAACCCCAGUGUUCUGUAGUACGUUAUUCCUGUAAUUAAAAUGAAUGGAACACUUGGAACAUAACACUACAAUGAAUGAGAACUUAAAGCAGAAAAACAGGCUGUUCUUUUCAGCAAGAGAGGUCAAGAAUACACUUAGCUUUUAUUUUUCUUUUUGUUUUUAAAAAUAAACUGUUGACAACUUUUUAUAUCAACAGAAAUUGCAAACUACAUAUAAAGCAAAAUGAAGUCAUACCCAGAUUUUUUUUAAGUCUAAUUGUCAAAAGUUUUGUAAAUAGAGGGAAUUGUUAUAAAGAUGAGCGAAAAUUAGCAGUGUAAUGAUUUAAAUUCAGUAUUAGAGUUCUGUCUCAUAAAACAAUUUCUAAUAAGUGAAAGUUUCAGCAACCUUGAAAAUCAGGUAGCUGAAACUUUCCAAUCAGUGUCCACAUGUAACCCUUCAUCUCUAAGAAUUUGAAACCAUAAUCAGAUUCAAACUUGCAAAACAUGACAAAGUUUCAAAUUUAUUUUUAUAUUAAAAAAAAAAAAAGAGUUUAUAAUCACCCUCUUCUGGAUUUUUGGAAAAUCAAAAUUAGCUAUUUAACUUACCAUUCAUUUGUAUCCACGGCCAUCUCUGUUUAGAAAUAAAGGCAAAGACUAUGGAAAAGCAAGAAAUCUCGAGAGUAACUAUUUAACAGUUAUGUCUUAAAAAUGAGUAUAUGGAUAUAGUGUGGCUCUGGAUUUUUUAUAUAAGCAUAAUUAUUCAAUUAACUUUGAAGUCAUAAAAAAGUAUCUAUCAGAGGGCUAUAUAUGCAUGUUCCUUUACAAAUGUAAAAAUAAAUAAAAGUACCAAAGUGUCCUGAGAAGCCCGAUGUCAGUCUCUACAAAAUUAUCUUAAACGUCUGUUCUUUUUAGACAUGCUGAUAACAUUUUCUUUGAAACAGACAUUGAUGGUGAUAUUUGAUAGAUAUGUUUAUAAACCAGAUAAUUGAUUGUAUAUUUUGUAAAAAAUUAUGCACUUCAAAUAACGAUGUCUCAUUUUAAAUAAACUACAACAUUCUUC